UAUUGAAAAAUUGUUUUGAGAGAAAUUUUUAUUACAUUUUCCAUUCGUUACUCGUGAAAUGGCUAAAUCAAAUGCCAAGAGACAAAAGCUCUAUCGUACAAAUUUAUUAAAAAAUAAAUCAAAAUUCGAGGAAAUGAAACGAAAAGCUCGUAUUCGAGAUAAUUCAAGACGUCAAAGUUCAAAAGGUGCUUUAUUGCAUCAGUUACGAGCUCGACAGAAACAAGCAUCAAAAAAAUAUCGUGAUAAAAAAAAAAUUAAAAAAUUAAAAUGGUCAUCAAUCUUCGUAUAAAUGUCGUCAGUCAUUAGGAAAAGCACUUAAACGUGCUGUUCAUUCAUUACCAAAAGAUAUUAACAAACGUAUAAUGGUCGUACAACAUCUUGCACAAAAUCUUAAUAUUAUCUCGAAAACAACUCAUCAACAUACACGUCAACAACGUUUAUUAUCGAUCGAACUGAAAGAAUUAGUCAGUCAAUUUUAUCAACGAGAUGAUAUUACCUAUCAAUUACCUGGUAAACGUGAUUAUGUCACAGUCACAGAUGAUAAUGGUGAAUCAAUGACAUUACAAAAACGAAUUUUAUUAUAUAACAUACGUGAAACAUAUCAAUUAUUUGUUAAUGAAUAUUCGAAUAAAAAUGUCGACCUGUCAUUAACUUCAUUUAAUGAAUUACGUCCAGUGAAUAUAUUGAUACAUUCUUACAUGCCUCACCGUAGUUGUUUAUGCAUUUAUCACGAGAAUGUGAAUUUGUUGAUAAAACCACUGUCAAAACAUAUUAGUUGUGAUGGUUUAAAUUCACUUCAAGAAUUCACGUUGAUGCUUGGUUGUGAUGAACAAGAAGAAAAAUGUAUGUUUAGUUGUUGCCAUUUAUGUUAA